AUGGCAACAAGAAUUGGAGAGGCGGUUCCUGGAAAGGAGAAAAGGGGAAUUUCCCCUUCAUACCCCAAGAAAACUCCCAACUCAAAACCAAGCUCUCCUGAUAAAACUACAUUAGGUAAACAAGUUCCAAAUUAUCUCAAGCCUACAAUAAGUUCAGGUCUUGAUGCUUCUAAACAGCUUGGCAAAAAACCGGCUUCGACUGACAACGCCAACAAGCCUAACCUCGCAAGAAGAAGAUCCUUCGACAUGCCUCCGUCCCCUUCCCAUACUCAAAAAACACAAGUUUCGCCCAGUCCUACUCUUCGUUCUUCCUCGUUUUCGAUUAAAACGACCACGACUACGCAUAAAUCUAUCCCGGGUAAGUUCUUAAAGAUGCCAACAAAGGAUGUCGGAAAACGCUCUUUUAUUGCUAGACCUUUGAGUACUACCAAGAAGGGCAGCCCUGGCAACAAGAAAAAAGACACUGCAAGGAGCGGUUCAAUAACAAAGGAUCAAGUCACUAGCCUCGAUAACUCUGAUGCAUUACAAAUUGAACUAGGACAAGAUGAACAAGAAUCUUCAGUUACUGAUGCUAAAUCUGAAGAGACAGUGCAUGAGUCGGGACCUGAGAUUUUAGUAGUGGAAGAUAAGGAACCUAUAAGUAUUACAAGGCAGGCUGAACCAGAGAACAUCCCGGAUGAGGAUGUUGUGACUAUUGAAUCGUAUACGGUUCCAGAACAGCCAGAUGUCUCCCUUGAAGUUGAAAUGAAAGAAUUACCAGAAGACAAACCGAAGAUUGAAACAACGACAGGAAACCAGCAGGAAUUAGAAGAACACAUUGUGAAUGAAAACAAUCACACAGAAUCUGAUGAAAUUCUUGAAGAUAAUUCAAAAGCAGAAAUUGAAGAAAAGGAAGGAGCAAAAGCAUUGGAUGGAAGUGAAAGUAUUGAUUCUGAGGAACAAGAAAUGAAAGUAGUAGUUGAGGAAGUGAAGCCGGAGACUUACAAUGAGGAGUCGAAACAAGAAGUCAGUGAAAAGAGUAGGGAUUCCCCUGUUUCAAAUGAUGUAAUUGAGGAGACUGCAAGUAAGCUUCGCGAGCAGAGGAAAAAUAAGGUGAAAGCACUUGCCGGGGCCUUUGAAACUGUCAUAUCCUUGCAGGGCCCAAGUGAAAAGUGA